AUGCCGGCGGGAUCUGCUACAGCUGUGACAGCGCGAGCUCCUGAAGUCCCCGGGUCACAGCCCGAAGCUGCACCUCCGUCCCCCUCCUCAGCCACUGUCUCAUCUACGCUGACGCAUCCACAGUCCUCACCCCCAAGGCAGGAUGCAUCACCGCCACUUCGACCACGCGUGGCAGCAUCCGGGCCCGCGCAGCCUCCUGCAACUCCGCCUUCUUCUUCUGGGGUAGAAUUUUCACCUCCAGAGAUCCCCCCUCCUCCAUCUGAUGGUGACCAAACUCCUCCACCUAGAACUUCUCCUAAAGGCGCUCCCCCUAAAGUGCCCACUGGCGUGAAAGCGGCACUAACGGCAGUUCCCAUGCCGGCGGGAUCUGCUCCAGCUGUGACAGCGCCAGCUCCUGAAGUCCCCGGCGUGAGUGUACCGUCUCCCCCGAUGUUAGGACGUUGGAAUGACGAUACAACAGGGUUGGCCUUAACCCUGUCCGGAGUUUCGCCGCAAACGCCUUGCUCAGAGGAUGGAUCUUUAUUUGACGAGAUCGUCCAUGGUUCAAAGCCCAAGGUAUGGACUUCCUCUGGGGAAGGGUUCCCCUCAGCAGACAGUUCAGGCGGGGCAGUUAGCGAGGAGGACGACUCGCCUCCUGUCCCAGAGAGUGCGCUCGAUUCUGGCGAGGAUGGUAAUUCAAAAGGCGACCAUCCGGCAGAACCGCCCCCGCCAUCUCGCCGAGAGGGCGGGCAGAAACAACCGGCGGAUUCGUCUUCACCAUCAGGGGAGCCGUUUCCACCACCUGGAAGUCAGCCUACACCACCUGGAGAGGACUCCCCCACACCAGAGGGGCUUCCCUUCCCAGAGAGAGAACCACAAAACAAAAAGGACUCGGAUAAGGAGGACGAAGCGGAGGACCUCAUAAAAAAACUUGAAGAGUUAUUGGAGACUGGCGAAAGUGUGGCAGCAUCAGUCGAAUCCGAUUAUAGGGACCUGAAGCUCGCCGAAUCGGUUUUCACCCGCGGUUCCCAGCUGCUUGAACAGUCCAGUUGGAUAUUACCUUUCCUGGAUGUAGAUCAUGGCAUCUCGGCGAAUCUCUUGUCUCUGACCUCUCGAUGUGAAGAGGUAUGUACAAGCUUGAAAGUGAGCUAUGUACGGUGGCAGCAGAAGCUGUGUGGCAUGGGCAGUAUACUGACGUACUAUUCGGAGCAAGUGCAUGCAGGCAUGCAGGCUAGGGGUCCUCCAGACUCGGGCUUUAUGAGCUCUCUACAAGAACUGAACAGCAGUGCAAAGAAGGCACAAGCGCUGUUGGAAACCAUGAAUUCCUUCACUGGUCCAUUUGAAAUACCCUUCGGCCUUCGGGGUCUUCUUGGAUCCAUUAGGAAGCAGGCUGAUGCAGCUGCAAAUGACGUUGUUUUAGCAGCGACCUUUUGUGCUAAGUCGCACCUGAGCGCACUCAACGAGGGCCGGCCUGCUACGUCAGAGGGCUCAGCACGGGAGGUCGACCCAGCUAAUCCUACUCUACUGGCAGCAGCAUCCGCCAGCAUUCAGUUGAAAGCAUUAGGCUUUGCGGGAGAUCCACUUCGAGACCUGGAAGACGGGAUCAACGAUUAUCUAGGUCUUUCCAGCAUUUUCUGA